CCGGUGGCGGUUGGGCGUUUUGUUUCUCCCUCAGAGGGCAAAUAGGGGACGAGGGGAGCAUGCGCGGGCGGAGGCUUCGACGGCUUUUCCCUCAGGGGUCAGCCUGAACCGGUGCCGAGGGGGUUGGUGGGUGCGCCGUUCUCUUGUCAGGCGCCCAGCAGUUAGGAACUCUAGUAUUAUUAAUGGCCUUUAUCCUGGCAUUUCUUCCGACAAGCUAGGAGCAGUUUCGUUCCCCUUCUUCCCUUUCAUCCUUACAACAGCCCUGCGAGGUGUUGACUGUGCCAUUAUAUCAAAAUUAUGGGAUUAUUUGACAAGCUAGCAGGCUGGCUUGGUCUGAAGAAGAAAGAAGUUCAUGUUCUGUGCCUUGGGUUGGACAAUAGUGGCAAGACAACAAUUAUUAACAAACUAAAACCAUCUAAUGCUCAAACUCAAGAUAUUGUUCCCACAAUAGGAUUCAGUGUAGAAAAAUUUAAGACAUCUAGUUUGUCAUUCACUGUGUUUGAUAUGUCGGGUCAAGGUAGAUAUAGAAAUCUUUGGGAACACUACUACAAAGAUUGCCAGGCCAUUAUUUUUGUCAUUGAUAGCAAUGACACACUAAGAAUGGUUGUGGCCAAAGAAGAACUUGACACUCUCAUGAAUCAUCCAGAUCUUAAACACCGAAGAAUACCAAUUUUGUUCUUUGCAAACAAGAUGGACCUCAGGUUUGCUGUGUCAUCAGUAAAAGUAUCUCAGUUAUUGGCUUUGGAGAACAUCAAAGACAAGCCAUGGCAUAUCUGUGCUAGUGAUGCUCUUAAAGGAGAAGGUUUGCAAGAAGGUGUAGACUGGCUUCAAGAUCAGAUCCAGGCAAUGAAGACAUGAAAAACCAAUGAGUUAUGAAAAUGUCAUAAAGAUAAUUUGUAGAUGUACAUGAUGACCUCUUGAAGAUGAAGACUUUUUAUAGGUCUGUUUUCUUCUGUUGGCUUUUAUAAAAGCCCAAUAAAAAUAAUAAUAAAUAUUUUUGUAACAAAAUGUAGUAGCUCAAAUGCACAUUCAUCAUACUGAAGGAAAAAAUACAUGUGGUUUGAUAGAAUAAUAAAAUCAUUGUAUGUAGUCUAAAAAUGCUGGUGGAUUUUUGAGUCAGGGGCUCAAGAGAUCACAUUUGACUUCCUGAUUGUGCUCACCACAGUGUUUCAUUCAAAAAUAUGCAGUGAGAUGGACCUUUACCAAAAUGUAAAAGUUUUCUCUUGCUUAGAAAACAGCUAUUUAAAUUUUACACACCAUAUUUCAGUAAAAAUUUGGUUGAAUGUGUUUACUCCGAGCCUGCAUGCAAUCCUGUAUUUUUAUAAGAAGUUGUGGAUGUUUAUGAAUAAUAUUUACUGGACUAUAUUGUGUUCUAUAAUAAGUGAAACAAUAUUUUCAUAAAUAAAAUAUGUUACUAAAUACCUACUGUGCUUUUAAGAUAAUACACUGAAUAUCAGCCAAGAACUAAAAUAGUUUGUUACACAUAUUAAAUCAUCUUUUGUUUUAUAAAA